AUGAUGCUUCAUUUUCAAAUGCACGUGCAAUUAUGUCACGUGGUGUGGCACCAAACGGUGAACCCAGUGUUCUUGAUGAAAUUGUUUGUACUGUUGAUGACAUUGCCGAAGGGGCAGGAGAAAUGGCAGCUUUAGCAACUAUGAUGUGUGCUCCGGAGCCAAUUCAAAAAUCCUUGAGUUCUGGCAGUGUUAACAGGCACAGUAACUCUUCUGCGCAGUGCACAUUGGAGAAUUUGAGAUCAUUUCUUCAGAGAUUCCCUACCUUAUGGAGUAUGCUUGUUAGUGCUUGUCUUGGAGAAGAUAUAUCUGGGAACCUUUUUCGGACUAAGACUAAGAAUGUUUUGUCGGAGUAUCUGAAUUGGCGUGACGGCGUAUUUUUCUCAACUGCACGUGAUACCUCACUUUUGCAGAUGUUGCCUUGUUGGUUUCCUAAGGCGGUUCGUAGAUUAGUUCAGCUUUAUAUCCAGGGACCUCUUGGAUGGCUGUCUUUCUCAGGAUAUCCUACAGGGGAAUAUCUACUGCAUAGAGGUGUUGAGUUCUUUAUAAAUGUCGACGAUCCUACUGAGAUAAGUGCCAUAUCUUGGGAAGCAAUCAUCCAGAAGCACAUCGAAGAGGAACUGCAUCACACAAAAACUGAGGUGACACUAUCUUCUUAUCAUAGUCCUAUUUCUCUAACCUGUUGACGAUCUUACCUUUGU